UCAUCUCCGAAGCCAUAGCUAAGAUGAUUGUGCGUGACCUGCAGCCGGCAUCCAUAGUGGAGAACCAGGGCUUCAGAGAACUCCUGCAGUUGCUGGAGCCACGCUACACGCCGGAGCCUCGCCACUACCUGCAGAACCAGCUGCUGCCAGCCUACGCCUACCAAGUCCAGCUGGCCACGCGUCAGGCGCUGGCCUCCGCUCACGCCCUCAGCCUUAGCCUGGAUGUCUACAGGAGUCUCUCUAGAGCUGCUCCAGGGUACCUGGGUGUCACUUGCCAUUUCCUCACGUCCGACUGGCAGAUGCGUUCAGCUCUCCUGGCGUGUCUCCCCCUAGCGGGCGGAGGCUCCGGGAGUCGCGUGCUCACGGAUUUUGAUGAGGUGUGCGACGCUCACGGCGUGUCAGGAAGAGCCUUCCGUGUCGUUGCCGAUUCUCUGCCGGUCACAGCAACCCAACGGGUGUGUUGUCUUCCUGGUUUCCAUAUUAAUGGCGGCGGACAGGAGGAGGAAGAGGAUGAAGAAGAGGUGGACAGUAGAGAUGAGGUGGAGGAAGGAAGUCGGAAUGGCCACGGGGAGGGAGGGGAUGGGGAAUGGGAGGAGGCGUGGAAGACAGGGCUGGGCAUCUGUCGAGUCGACUGUUUCACUCGCUCGCUCGACCGAUGUGUCCAUGAGGGGCUUCGCUCAUGUCCCAUCCUCUCCUCCACCCUGACCAAAGCCGCCUGUUUCUACAACUACAUCACCUCUGCCGUGCCACUGGAGAAACUUAGCCAGGUGUUUGAGGGUCCGGCGGUCACAGUGAGGAGUCCAGGAAGUGCACAUAAUGCUGCAAGAGACUGGGCUGCUCAGCUGAAGGUGCUGCGGCGGCUGUUGGACUCCAUGGACUUCCUGGAGGAGGUGAGCGGUCGAGGGGAGUUGGCACUGGGCGGUCUGGAAAGGGCACUGUUGAGGGAGCUGACAGACACUCUGGAGCCGUUCGCUGAGGCCUGGGACAUGGUGCAUGGGGAUGCGGCAGACAGACACACGUCUAUUAGUCUGGCCUUGCCGUGUGUCCUGGGCCUCCGGAAGCAUCUAUCCGAAAGCUCGGUUCCACACUGCCCCUCCCUGUUAGUGGGUCUGACCCAGGCCGUGGAGCGGCGGCUCGCCCCAAUCCUGGAGGAUCCGCUCUAUGUCACAGCCACCACCCUCGAUCCACAGUUCAAACUCACCUGGAGCAACGACCCAGACUGGCACCAGCAGGUCCUCCUGGAGGAGUUGGCUAAACACUCUCCAUCCUCCAGCACCAUAGACUCCAACACAGAGCUUUGCCCCCAGGCCCAGUCACCUCCAGCCCCGACCCCAUCUCCCAUUUCCUCACUGUCUCGGCCCUGCAAGCUGUUCUCCUUUAUCAAGCAGAGGCCUGCAAUGCAGGCCAAGAGCCUGGAGCAGGAGCUGGCUGUCUAUCUGCGCGAGGAGCCCACUGAUGAGGAGCCUUUGCAUUACUGGAGGCGCAAGGCGAUCGACUUUCCUCUGCUCGCCCAGGUAGCUAAGAAGGCCUUCACCAUACCUGCGAGUGGCACCGUGGUGGAGGGUAUUUUCACUGCUACAGGCCGCUGUCUGAGGCUGGAGAAAGGCCAUGUCAUACCAAAGAACCUUGAGACACUUAUCUACCUCAAAGCUAACUACAGGUCAUUAUGGACUUAAUGGUUAGCUUUAGUUUUUCUUUCAACUGGGGCCACUAAAGGUUGGCAGAAAGCCAACAACUUUUUACAGAAGGCCACUCUUCGGCUACUAACACUUUUCUGAGGAACUGCAAAUAGCAGCAGAAGAUCAUAGCAUCAGCUGAGAUGAGAGGUUAUAAAUUCCCUCCCGAAGUUCAGUUUGGAGGCUCUUUCCAUUCUUGAGUGGAGCCGUCUACAGACUUCUGUAUGUGAAACGCUAUAACGUCUGUUUAACAUGUAGUCUGCGUAUGGAUGAACCAACUACGUGGCUGUGGACUAAAAUGCCAAGGAGCAAAAAUCAAUGCUAAAGCAUUUACGUUGACAUUACAGCCUGACCAGGGCCUCUAUAGACAAAAGCAAGACCCUUCACCCCCCGCCCCCCCCCACACACACACUCCAACCACAGCUUGUGCCUGUAUACUACCAGCCAGUAACUACUCUAGUCAAAUACCAAGGAUAACCAAAUGGUUGUACUAAUAUAAGUUAUAGUUUAUUUCCAUGUGAAUGUAGGAAACAUAGGAACGGAUUUUACUGUCCUACUUACACAGAGUCAGACAAACUUUUGAAUACCUUUUUUAGGUGUGCGUGAGGUUUGAGGGUAUAAUAGUGAGUUUAGCCUAGCUUAGCUCAACUGCUGGAUGUCUACUGGGAUCAUUAGCAUCCCCUUCUCAAAAGAAGGGAAAUACAACUUCUCCAAAGCUGAUCAUUAAUACCGCUUAUUCGUUAGCCUAGCAUUAACAAUUUUCUUAACCAACAUUUUCAGAGUACAUGCAAAUUACAUGCAAAUUCCUAAAAAUCAGUGUAUAACUUUGAACUAUUUUUCCGUAAUGCACACGUCCUUCUUUUUCCAUCAUAGAAGGAUAUGUGUUCUUCUGCAGCUCAUGAAGAUGGCUAUGGGUUGAUCCUGGUGGAAGCUAAACUAGGAUAAACUCACAGUUUAACGUAGACCAGGGCGUCCGGGUAGCGUAGCGGUCUGUUCCGUUGCCUACCAACACGGAGAUUGCCAGUUCGAAUCCCCGUGUUACCUCCGGCUUGGUCGGGCGUCCCUACAGACACAAUUGGCCGUGUCUGCGGGUGGGAAGCCGGAUGUGGGUACGUGUCCUGGUUGCCGCACUAGCGCCUCCUCUGGUCGGUCGCAUGAUCCUCCCACGUGCUCCGUCCCCCCGGUGAAACACCUCGCUGUCAGGUGAAAAAGAAGCGGCUGGCGACUGACUCCACAUGUAUCGGAGGAGGCAUGUGGUAGUCUGCAGCCCUCCCCGGAUCGGCAGAGGGGGCGGAGCAGCGACCGGGAUGGCUCGGAAGGGUGGGGUAAUUGGCCGGAUACAACUGGGGAGAAAAUGUGGGGGGAAAAGGUACACCAAACUACACACACAAAAAAAAAGGUUUCCGUGAGUUUUACACCAUGUAAGUAGGACACCAAACUGUCCAUUUAAUGUUCGAUAUAGGCAAGUCGUUGAAGUGGUCGUCAGAUGGAAGGGAUCGACAGAGAAUGACAAGAUAUUACAACACCUCUUUCUUUUUUUCUAUCUCUGUGUGUAUGCUCCAUCACCAGGACACUGUAAUAAAUGAGUUU